AUUAUUAUUUUUGAGGACAUGCGGCUCUGCAGGACCUGCGCUCUCCUGGCGCUUCUGUUUCUGGCAGUCUUGGAUUCAUCAGAAUCCCAGCAGGAGGUCGUUCGACCAGACAAAGGCUUGAAUGUGACAGUGUCCACCGAGCAGGCAAAAUGUUCUGUGUGUAUCGUCAGCAAGGUGAACAGCGCACCGCUUUCCUGCCACUCUUCUCUCUCUCUGGUACCUGAAGUUGAGACCACACUGGAGUUUUCCUGCCCCCAGCCUGUCGAGCAGUCUUACACUGUGACGAUUGGUCACUCCAUCGAAACUGAGGUCAUAAGCGUUGAUUCCAGCACGACCAUGGUCCUCAGCCGGGACCCGAAGGAAUCGGUGUGUGAAGUGUGCACCGCUGAAGGCCCCACUCUCACCUGCAGCACGGAAAAGACGCUGAACAAUGUUGAGAAACUGUCAGUGGUGUUCAGCUGCCCGAAACCACAAGACGGGUUCAAUGUGAAGAUAAAAAAGACAAUAGCUAGCAGAAUGAUGUCUGUGGUCUCUGAAAUCAAGAAAACCAAAAUUAUCAUCACGAAGGUGAAUCAAGAGCUCGACUGCAACGUGUGUCUGAUGGCGCCUUACAAAUGCUACCCUAAACUCCUAACACUGUUUGCUCCUUGCAACGUCUCAGUAGAGUUUACCUGUCCUCGACCUCAAGAUGUCUUCAGUGUGGAGGUCAACAGAGAAAUUGACGCCCCGUUCUCUGGUGACCCGGUUCAGGCCGAGUCCUCGGUGGUCCCAGAGUUCAACCGGACUUUCCAGUGGGACUUGAAAACUGAUUUUGCUCACACAUUCCAACUGGACUUCCCAGAACAGGGACUGAGACAGAUUUCCAGUGAGGAGACAUGCCCGGAUGAGCACACGUACUCUUUUAUUAUCUAUUUACGCGGGCAGACAACUAUUGGUACCUUCUGCAGAGGAGGAUCUGUGACCACCAUCCAGGGUCGCUACAAGGGCCGCGUGUCUCUAAAGGUGCCGGCGAAUGCAAAGAUGGAUCCUUUUGAAUUCAAACUCAGUGGCGGGCCUGAGAUGAACAUGACCGCGAUAGUGGGGGUCAACCUACCACGAGGUGUAUCGGACACGACACUCGUGACAGCUAACUUUCCUCGAGACUUCCCUGACAACAUGCAGAUGCAGUGGAGCUUCACAGUGCCCGGCAUGCACAACUACACCGUGCUCUUUGAUCACGUCACACCCCCCGAGUGCCUCAACAAUGGAGAGGUGACGGUGGAGUAUCAGGCAGGGGCCAAGACGGUAACCAAAGCUCUAAAGGAUCCUCAGCCGGUGCAUCAACAGGGCAACUUCAACAUGGUGCUGACAAACUGUCAAACCAACAUGACGCUGCCAGGUCUCACGCUGAACUACAGGGUCUCUGUGGUGAGGAGCGGCCGUCCAGUUUUGUGCACCGUGGAUCUAACCAAAGACCCGGGAGUGUCCCUGCAGAUUGAGAAUCUGAAUUCUGACUCCUACUGUGAGAUCAGCAUCAACUCUGAGGUUAAAGAGAAGAUAAAUGUGACUGCGGGAUCAAUAGCCAAAUUGUCCUUCCUCGACUGCCCAAAUGAAGACAUACGCCUGACUGCCAAAAAAGUUAUUGACUGCAAGAAAACAGAGUCGUGCCCCGUGACUACACUUUCUGUGUCCACAAUGGAGCCUUGCCUGCCAAUGCCCCUCAACAGCUUCACCUGGCACCUCAACAUCCCCGAAACCAAAACGUGGGACCUGGUGUCACCAAAAGGAAGUUUGCGGCAGUCCCUGCCCAGCCAGGAGUGUAAAGAGCCUUUUUCUCUGCACUUGGCAGAAGAAGAGGGUAGCAAUUUUGUUGGAAAUUUCUGCUUUGAUGGCGUAAUCCAAAAAAUCCAAGUGCACGCCAACAUCUCCAUCACAGCUCCGGGACAGCAGUUAAGCAGGAUGACGGGGUCUUUCCUCAAUAUCAGCGUCAGCGAGGAGAUCACAGAGACCAUUAUUUAUGCGGUCAGUCCUGACACGAUGUCUCCAACACUGCUGGCGACCCCCAACUGGCCUCGGGGUAUGAAAUCUUACCGCACCCUAAGCUGGAUCGUCACGCUGCCCAACCAGUACAAAGCCCAGCUCAAUUUUAACGUCACACAGCCUCAAUGUAAAGAGGGACACACAGGAAUCGAUGUGAGGACGAUAGAGAACAGAGAGCUGAAAUUAAGUAUUACAGAAAAUGAUCCGCCGGUGGUGGAACAGUUGGUGGGUGAGAGUUUCUAUCUCAACAUGUCCAACUGUGAACCAGAGACUCGUCAAUUUAGUGCACUGACCACAAUCAAUCUGCAGAGGAAGCAGAAUUUCUUACCCAUCGUCCUUGGGAUAUCAGGAGCUAUUUUGCUUUUGCUUCUAGUGCUAGCUGUUGUAUGCAUUGUCACAAAGAAAAAGAAAAAUCAAAAAAAGAACAGGGGAUCGUCCAUAUACAUGCCCAAAGGGAAUAUCUUCCGGCCAUCUGACAUGCACUUCACCAAAACCAGAUCUGAAAAUGAAUCUCACGUCUAUGACUCCAUAGAUGAUACGAUGGUCUAUGGCCAUCUGCUGAGUAACUCCAGCCACGGUGAGGCGUUUCCAGACCAGUAUAACGGCAUUCAGACAGACACCUACCGCACUUUCACAGGCCCCGCUGAUGGAGUGCUGCCUGUCAUUAAAGAACCAGAUCCACAGCCCGAGGACAAAACGUUUAUGGAUCCCUCUGAGACUUUCAUACCAUCCCGUCCACGUACUCCCAUCAACCGACAGGACAGCCUCGGCUUCCAGGACCGCAGGAUGAUUGACAAUGAGCUAUACACAUUCAAGACCACAGGGGACAUAAACACCAUCCGACUCUCUGCUGCUGAUAUGGAGCCCAUACCGGAUGACUAUUUGUAGUGUGUCAGGACCACAGCCAUCCAAUGAACUGCUAUUACAAAAUCCUCCUUACAGCACCAAGUAUCUGCCAAGGGGUACUCAUGCACGUGUCUGUGCUGUGACUAUACUCAGGGAGUCUGAGCUUAUAUGUCUAAGCGGUAUUUGGUAGAACUCAGUCUGCUCUAGAGAUCCAAGAGUGAAAGCAGUGAGCCCUGUUUUUAAAAGUCUGGAAAAUAACGUCCCUGGGAUACAAAGAGUGCAUGUACAAAAGCUUUUCCUUUAUGCUUGUGCAACGUUUCAUAACAUUGUGGUCUCACUAAUGGCUCAGACAUAAGGAACACAUCUGGCUCGACCCAUCGCAGCUCUAGACAAAUGCAGUUAGUAGAGAAAAGCAAAAAGCAUACUUACUGCAGUGUUGAGGCAGCCAUGAACCUCAAUGUGAAAGCACACGAUUGGCUCAUGUAGUUCCAACAUGAGCUGUUGAUGUUUUUUUUUUUGUUUGUUUUUUAGGUGCUUUAUGUAAUUGUCCCAUAGCUUUUUAUUAAGGAUCCUUGAUCCCAGAGAUAUGGCUCACAUCUUUUCAUCUUACUCCCAGACAGAAAAAGCAGCAACUACUAUUUCUUGAAUGUUUGUUUGGUUUUAUUUUUUUUAAAAACUUGUUUAAAGUAUGGAAAAUGGAAAAUUAUCCGUUAUUGUUGUUUGUAAAUGUUUUUUUUAUCUUGUUGACUAGUAUUUUUUUAUUUUAUUUUUUUAAGAUUUGCCUUUUCUUAGCCUGUACAUACCAGAAUUGUUUUGUUUUUGUUUUGACUUGCAAUAAAUUGUCAGUGUAUGAUGGGGAA